AGGGGGAGAGAGAGGGGGGGAGAGAAGGAGGGCGGGAGAAGGGAGAAGGGAGGGGAAAAGAAGAGAAGGAAAGGAGAUGGCAAGGACGGCAAGGAAGGAGCGGACGGGAGACGGCGGAAGGAGAGAGGGGCGUGUGGGGAGUUGGGAAAUGGCAGGACCCAGAUGGUGACGGCAUGAGGUCAGCUUAAGGUUUGCAGCCAAAAGAAACCUAACAAAUCAAGGGGUCUCCCUCGCUCCUUCUACCAGAGUCUCGGGUCCAGCUAGUCGGGUUCAUGUGUCUCAACCCAAAUGGAGCAAUUGCCAAUUGCCCAUUUACCUCCCGGUACCUGCCUGCCCAACCCGUCUUGUAUUGAGUACGUACGUACUCUAGGGUAUACAUGUACAUCCGGAUACAUGCCCGUCGACGUGACACGUAACUCGCCAAUCUUACUGGCCGGCGUCGACAAACACGCCCCGUUCGAGUAUGUACGCUCGCCAUGUAGGUUUAGGUCGUUGUCGCCUUGCGGCCGGCUACAGCCGUCGUCUCGUAGCCUGCCCGUCCUCGCCUCUCCUCGACCGAGAGGCCGGCUUUUCUCCUUUUCCUACAUCCCCUCCUGUCCAAUCUCCAUUCGUCUUCGUCCCCAUCCUAAACCCCUUCCCAAUCCCUAUCUCAAGCCCCAUGCCUAUCUCGCAUCCCGCAUUGCCGUGGUGGUUGUCUUGAAUCGUGGGCGGACCAACUCGACCAGUGGGCCUGCCCCUGGUCCUAUUUUGUUUCUAACUAAAUGCCGAAUUCUAGGCUUGGGCAGCCGGCUCCUCCCCCCCUCUCUCCCACUGUUACCUACCUACGUGGCCAGGCCCGUCAGGCUGGCUGCUGUCCGCGUUGGCUACGCCGCUACGACGGUUAGUCCUCAUCGCCGAGCCAGUCGCCGAGACGGCCACGACGACAACGGUAAAGAACGUCGCCCACACGCAUAUGUUGAUUAUAUACGUAACGCACCUCCUGUUUUAUCCGGAUUCGGUGUGUCCUUAGGCUCGCACGUAUGGGCGAACGGGUCGGGCACAUUUCGAUGGCCCAAGGGAGACUCGCCAACUUCCCCGUCGGCCGCUCUCUCGGUUGUUCGCUCGCUCUGUCGCCAGCCACCCCGUCUCGUCGAGAUCCCAGCCUCCAAAGGGGUCGAGUACCUUUCUCUUGUGACGGUGUAACAAGGUGGCAACCAAGUUGGGGAGCUGUUGGGCUGUAAACGAUGGCGUGGACCCUGGCCGCGGAUGCAGACGACCAUCCCGACCCUUACUAGAGAUAGGCCAUCUCGCGGGCGUUACCCGUCAGGUGACACUGCCAGAUCCUGUUCUAUCUAAUGUGAUGCAUGCAAUAUCUCCUUGAAACGGUGACGAGAGGUUAAAAGAAUCCAUGUUGUGCCUAAACGCAUCACGUUAACCCGACCGUCGAUCAUAGGAGGGACUCGUUAUGGGCGUGGAGAGCAUGGGUUGAGAUGCAGCAGCGCCCGAGAUAGAUUAUUUAU